UCGCUGUUCGCACCGGUAUAGUUUUCGAGUACAUCUGCCAUAGUCCCAGAACUCCGGGCGCUGAAGUUCCUGCCCCAUGACCUGUGGAGGAGGACCACUGGGUCCUGACAUGCCUGAAGGAGGUGACCUAUUCCAGGCGGUGUACCAGCAGCUAUGGAACAGCAGGCCUGGAUACUGAGGAGCCUUCUGGCCCAGCUGGAAAGCAAGGAGACGAAGGAGGAGCCAGAGAACGGCCUUGAUGAGGAGUUCUUAAGGCUGAAAAAGCAGUCGAUCAAGUAUCGCACGGACAAGAUAUUCUCCACCAGUGCCGCAGACAAGCAGGAGAACAUCAAGAAGAACCGAUAUAAGGACAUCGUUCCAUUUGACCACAGCAGAGUGAGGCUCACCCUCAACACCUCCACAAAUGACUCGGACUACAUCAACGCAAGUUUCAUCAAGGGGGUCUCGGAGUCCGGGGCCUACAUUGCCACUCAGGGUCCUUUACCACACUCGGUGCGUGACUUCUGGAGGAUGAUCUGGGAGUACAACAUCGAGGUCAUCGUGAUGGCCUGUCGGGAGUUCGAGAUGGGGAGGAAAAAGUGCGAGCGCUACUGGCCAGAGAGACAGGUGGAGUCAUUUGUGUGUGAGCCCUUCACAGUGCACUGUGAGUCUGAGGAAAGUAAAGGAGACUACCUGACCAGGAUGUUGAGGGUGACCUAUCAGGAUCGUUGCCGCGCUUUGCGUCAGCUGCACUAUGUCAACUGGCCCGAUCACGGUGUCCCAGACUCCAUCCCCCCCAUCCUGCAGAUGCUGCACGAAAUGCGCUCCUAUCAGCCCCACGAUGACGUGCCGAUCUGCAUCCACUGCAGUGCUGGCUGUGGCAGAACAGGAGUCCUGUGUGUCAUCGAUUAUACUUGGAACCUUCUGAAGAAGCAGAUCGUGCCCGCUGACUUCUCCAUUUAUGAUCUGGUUGUAACGAUGCGAACCCAACGGCCCUCUGUAGUUCAAACCAAGGAGCAAUAUAAGCUGGUCUACAGCCUCAUCUUGCUGUUUGAGAGAUAUUUGAAGUUGAUGGACGUGCAAGGCAGCAAAAAUGAGCUGAGGGUGCCCCCAGUGUCAACGGCAGCAGCCAGUGACAGUGAGCUCUCGGACAUCGAUGAGGAGUUGGGGUUUGACUCACAACCCAGACCAGAAUCAUGGCGUCCAAUGGGUGCAGAGUUGCAUCAAAUGUUUCCAGUUGCAGAGCGGGAACAGAUACCGAAUCAUGUCGCACCAUUAAGCAAUCCUUUAUUGGCAAAGGAGGGUACUGCUUUACCACCGUCCCAGCUGUCUUCCACCUCAGAUAUUCUCAGUGCCAUGGCCAACAGGGACAAACAGAGGGAGCAUCAACAACAAAAUCCUCAACAACACCUACCCCAGACCUUUCUCGGGCCUCCAUCCAAUCCCCAACACCUUCAGCAAGGAGACUUUUUCAGUGAGGUCCACACAGCCUCACCACCACUGGGAUAUACCUGCCAGAAAGCCCGUGUACUGGAGGAGAAGGAUGACUUACCACCAUUGAAUUCUUCUGUACUGCCCAUCGCAGCCAUCUGUCUGACAGUAGAGGACCCCUACUUUGACUCUCCAGUAAACUCACCUCUGUCAGAGGAGGAAUCGAAGGGUUGUAGCGAGGACUUGAGUCCUGCAGGCCAGCAGACAGAUAACCUUGUGUUCAGCACACCCAGUUUAACACUGAACAACCAGACGCUGGAUUUCAAUGCUCCUACCUCAGAUACAAUUUCGGCUCAUCCAGAUGAAGACAUACCUCCACCAUUACCUAUGCGAACCCCUGAAUCCUAUGUGCUGUCUGCUAAUGCAGAGAAUUCGGAGCCCUGUCCGGGGUUACAGGUCAUCAUCCCACCCAAUGCUGCAGCUGAGGCUCUAUUGGAGAUGGGAGGUUCAGGACCACCCCCCUCACCUGUGCCUCCACUUCCAGAGAGAACCCUAGAAUCACUAGUGUUGGCUAGUGAUGAAGCUCCUGUGGAGCAUCAGCUUCAGUUCAUGCCGGCGGUGAACAGAAUAGGAAUGUCUUCAGAAUGGUCUGGCAGCUCCAUGAGCACUGCAACUCCCAAGGAAACAAAACCUUGGGCAAGGAGCAAGAGCUUGAAAAUUAAAAUGAAUUUUACAGCUCCAUCACCAGUAACCCAUUCAGUUCUAUUAUCAAGCUCAGCUUCAAACCUCCACCCUUCUUCUCCACCUCUAAAUGCACAAACUCCUCCCCUCGCCCCUCAAGCUGACAACAACCUGACUCCACCCCUUCCAGAUAGAACCUCAGAGUCUUUCAUCGCCCAGGAAGUCCAAAAGAGCACCGGCCCCAUUCAGACUACACAGGCCUCCCCGAGGAUAGGCGUCUCCUCCGAGUGGGCGGGCACCUCGCACUCCAAGAGGUUCCUCGAAGAUCCUAUGAACAGGAGCAAGAGUGUUCGAGCUAAAGGUUCAAGACAAGAGCCCCUUAUUGAAGUUAAUCAGGUAGCGCCACUUCCUGUGGUCGCAUCUGGAGGGGGAAGUGCCACAGUUGCAAAAGCAGAAGUGGGGCAGGAUGAUGUCAGAUGCUGGCCCUUGCCCAACACCGAGACCUCAGAUGGAAAAUCAGUGAAGAGCAACCAGAAGAGCAUGUCAAGAACAAAGAGCUUGAAGUUUUUUAAACACAAAGUGAAACUUAAAACGGACCCUCCGCCGCCACCUGUCGAACCCGGAUCUGCUCCCGUUUCUGCGGCUUCCUCUUCCAUGUUCAAGUUUGGUUUUGGGAACCGUUUUGGGAAACCAAAAGGCCCAAGGAGUCACCCUGAGACCUGGGUGUGAAUCGCGGUCACCCCCUCUCUUAACUAUGAAGGUUGGAUGUAGGUGGAGCAUCUCUACGGUGGAGGAUCACACAGCACUCCCCUCUUCUGCUCAGAAAACUUCUCAAAGCUGCUGCUUCUGCUCUCAGGGCCAAAAGAUACUGUACUGUAGCGGGGUCUUACCUGGCUGAAGGUAGCCCUGUCGAUGCUUGACAACAAGAGUUUUUUUUUCUAACAACCAGUGCCUCGGGGAAGGUAAUGGACACGCAAGACAAUCAUGGACAAAUAGCUUGAGUAGAAAAUUUAUCAGUGGCCCUCUAUGGAAAUAACUGGCUCGACGGCGGGGGCAGUCUACAGUGGGCGGUUUCACUCAUUUGUUGUCAUGUGUAUAAGCUAGUAUUGUUAGACUUGCCUAAAACAGCUAUGCAAACGGGUGCACAGGUAUUGUAUGUGUCCUCAGAACACAUAUGCAUUUGCUCUCGUGCAAGUAAAUAAACUGUGCCUGCCGCCUUGCAUUCAGGGUCCAAAAUUCACCUUUUGGCUCACCUGUCGAGGUGGUAGGCAGAGGAAAGAAAUGUACCAGCCACAGACACACCGAUCAGCCACAACAUUAAGACCACCUACCUUGUGACGGAGGACCGGUAGCUUGGACUGUAGCUGUAGCCAGUUGGGAGUAUGGGACGACUGUGGUGCAUCGGCAGGAAUGCAAAGCUGUUACCUCCAACGAUGUUUGUUGACAAGUAGACGUGUGUGUGUGUGUGUGUGUGUGUGUGGGGGGGGGGUUCUGGAAUGAAACAAUGCAAAGCAAUCAUUGGCAACAUUACACAUAAAUUACAACUGGCAAGUACUGUCGGAAGUGUGAAAGCUGUUAGCUGCUAACCGUUAGCUCGGUGCCUUUCCACUAACCCACUCGUUAAUUACAGAAACCGAACAAACAGCCAAGUUACAUCCGGUACGUAAAGAGCCCGACUUCCGCUUCUCCGGACGCGCACGAACACGGCAGGUCCUUCGGGAGACAAAUAUAUUGUAGCGAAUUCGGGGGGCGGUCCGGGAGACCGUCGCCAUGGCCGGGACGCGAACCCGUGUCUCCCACUCCGCAAGCGACAACGUUAACCAGUCGACUAAAGGGUCCGACCCGUUAGUCAAGGACCAACGUGUCUACUUAUCCAUGCACGUUACAAUAUAAUCGAACCUUCCCUUAACUUCUACGGCGGUCUAACGGUAAAAGCCCAUCCCGGUCUUCGGCACUUGAUCUACUCGCCCCGCUCGGGGCCCUGCGACUACAGAUGACGUCACGACUCCCCGCAUCGUGGCUGGGUGGGGGCUAGUUCCGUUUAGGAGCAGCGGGACCUCCCGAGCCGUCGACCCUCGCACCUUUACGAACCAACCCUACGCCAACGUGGGCUGUAAAAACACACACACGGCUAAAUAAGUGUAAAGCUAGCACAACGCUAGCUGGCAACGUAGUCCGUGACGUCAUAUGUAGUCGAAGGACCCCCCCCGAGUCGACGUUGUACCCGACCCCGUGUUGUUGUCUUGUUUUUGUUUUUUUUUCAUGUUGUAAACUACUAAUAACCGCUCGGCUUAGCGAUGUCGCCUUGUGGCGCAGUACACCCCGUAUCGAAUCCCGCACCGGGCAAGAAAAUAACCGGUCACAAUGUUCUUUUUCUUCUUGUGUUUUUGAUCUGUACAUGAAUGAAAAAUGCAAUAAAAAAAGAAGAUCUUAUACCCGAGCAGAAGUGGAACCCACACCGUCUCUCAAACGAGUCCGACGCGCUCUUAGAAGUUAAAGGAGGAAAGUUCCGCCCCACCACGGGAGGCGGUACCAAUGGGGAUCUACACACACACACACACACACACACACACACACACACACACACACACACACACACACACACCCACCCCCCCAUCUGGAACCUUUCUAACAUGCCUAAUAUUUUGUAGAUCCCCCUUGUGCCGCCAAAACAGCUCUGACCCGUAGAGUCGUGGACUCCACAAGACCUCUGAAGGUGUCGUCUGGUAUCUGGCACCAAGACGUUAGCAGCAGAUCCUUUAAGUCCUGUAUGUUUUUGCACGCCUGUCCAUCUUUGGGAGCGAGAUCCCUCCUCUGUUGUCCUACCCGAGGUUUCUCCCUGUUAAAGGGUUUUUGUUUUUUUUUAGGGAGUUUUUCCUUAUCUGAUGGGAGGGUCUAAGGACAGGAUGUUGUAUUGCUGUAAAGCCCACUGAGGCAAAUGUGUAA